GAAAACUUUUUCCUUGAACGUAGUCUGUUAUUGUGAAGGUCGACGGGUCGCACUGACGCUUCCUGGAGACAAAAGACAAACAUCUAGCUAGCAGCUAGCUGAGUGCGUCGCCAAAAGUGGUCGUCGAGACGAUUAAGAGGUCCAACAGAGCGGAGCCGCCGGCUGCUCUUCAUGCUGGCGACCUGCUGGAAUCCCUCCAGAAACUUGUCGGCAUUGGUACGCCGUCCCCAUGGCAACGGAAGACUUCUACGAGGUGGAGCGGAUCGUAGAUAAGCGGAAGAACCGGAAGGGGCGGACGGAGUACCUGGUCCGCUGGCGAGGCUACGGCUGUGAAGGCGACACGUGGGAGCCUGAGGUUCAUCUGACUACAUGUAUGCCUUAUGUGCACGACUUCAACCGGCAGCACGCCCAGCGCCACAGAGACGCCACCCUGCUGCGCUCCACUCGUAGCAGCAAUCUGUGCGCUACCCCGCACGGGAACUCCUGCAGCCCACCUGCUCAUGUCGGGCGACUUCUGCCCUUCUCGGACCCUCCGCCUGCCCCGGCUCAUCUGUCGCCUGGCGAACUCAAGGGCCAGUCGCACUCCUCAGUGAGUAUCAUGCCAGGACCCCCAAAGUUGGUGCCCCCGUCAUUGGUGCCCUCAAUGCCGGCGCCCCUGGUGGGCCCACCCCGCCGCAGCUUGGACUUGUCCAAAAGCGGGAUCAAGAUCCUGGUGCCCAGAAGCCCCAUGAACAGCCUACUGGACGCUGAAGAGUCGCCCAGCGAGGCGGCACCCAGCGAGGCGACUCACAACACGGAUGCCGGCGCCCGCGAUGCCCACGAUGUCCCCCCUGAGGUGGCACUGGAGCAACCGGCCGGCGUGCAGCUGGCUCCAGGAGAGCUGCGCGCCCGCAUGGGGAUCAGGUCGCGGGGCAACAGCGCCCGGCCAGUGAUGCAAGCCCUCAAUGGAUCAGGCGCUCCGGGGACGACGGAGGACCUCGGUACGGGCGGGACCUCUGCACUUACUGUGACGUCGGGUGCCCCGGCCAAGCGACGUCCGGAGGAGCGCGGUACAUUCGACAAACGCUUGCGUUUCAGCGUGCGACAGACGGAGAGCGCCUACCGCUACCGCGAUAUCGUGGUCAAGAAACAAGACGGCUUCACGCACAUCCUGCUGUCCACCAAGAGCUCGGAAAACAACGCGCUCAACCCCGAGGUGAUGAAGGAGAUCCAGAGCGCCAUGGCGACGGCGGCCUCCGACGACAGCAAGUUGGUACUCCUGGGAGCUGUGGGCGGCGUCUUCUGCUGCGGCCUGGACUUGGUCCACUUGGUCCGACGCCUCACAGAUGACAGGAAGAAGGAAAGCGUUAAGAUGGCCGAAACCAUCAGGACGUUCGUCAACACAUUCAUCCAGUUCCGCAAGCCCAUUGUGGCCGCCGUCAACGGGCCGGCGCUGGGCCUGGGCGCCGCCAUCUUGCCACUGUGUGACGUCGUGUGGGCCAAUGAGAAGGCUUGGUUCCAGACGCCCUACGCCGCGUACGGGCAGACUCCCGACGCCUGCUCCUCCUUCACCUUCCCCCGCAUCAUGGGCCCCCCCUCGGCCAACGAGCUGCUCCUGAGUGGCAGGAAGUUGACGGCGCAGGAGGCGUGUUCCAAAGGUUUGGUCUCGCAGGUUCUCUGGCCGGGAACCUUCACGCAGGAAGUGAUGCUGCGUAUCAAAGAACUGGUCGGCGUCGACUCUCUCGUCCUGCGGGAGUCCAAAGCCUUGAUGAGGAACUCCAGCCGAAGUUCUCUGGAGCAAACCAACGAGCGCGAGUGUGAAGCUUUGAAGAGAAUUUGGGGCUCAUCGCAGGGAACCGACGCCAUCUUGCAGCACCUGCACAGAAGCAAAGAGCUCUACUAGGACCUGCACCAGGACCUGUUUGUGCUUCUAUGACUGGAUUGGACUAAAUGUUUGAGUGCAAAUGUAAAGUAAGUUAUGAGUCAUGUUUGCUCGAUGAACGUUUUGGCUCAACGAUGCGCUCAGCUGAACUUUCCCGACAGGGAGUCUGACUCCAUGUUUGGAUGUGUCUUCUAAGCUAGCACAGCCUCUAUCAAUGCCACAUCCUUGCGAAUGACACAUUUGUACCUUUUCUACAUUGGCAAGUAAAUGGGGAGAAGAGCAUUGCAGUACUCACGUGUUUCAAUUUAAAUCGGAUGACGCCCUCUUGCUGGUCAUGAAAACUUCCAACCUUUGGGCUCUUCCCAUGUAAGGGUCUCCAAGCACUGGGCUGUACAGAGAAACUCAACUUUUUUUUCCGUUUUCUUAAUGGAGUGGUAGACGGGGCUCCGGAAGGUUGUGGUGGCCUUCGUGGGAGGACGAUUGGGUCAUGAUCCAUAGGUAGGAGGAACAGCCCGCUCUGAAAUCCGGCCAGCUGGCCAGCGAAGCAGGUCAAGGGUGCCAAUCGGUUGCAACAACAAAUAUUGGGUCCAGCACUGCUGUGAAAGUUGCAACGUGGCAAGAUUUGACCAAUUGCUAAGUGUUGUUGGACUGGCCACUUGAACUGAUCUCUAUAGUUCCCCAAAAUGUCCACAAAAAAAAAAAAAAAACUUGCUGUGUUGAAUGCAGUUAUUGCAUUCACAACCAUUCAUCACCAGCACUUCAUGAAAUUCAGCUUGAAAAAUCAGGAGCAUCACCCUGUGCUGAUCACGUAAUACGGGGG